AUGCUGCCUUUUCAUCUCGCAAACGGACAGUGUUCCUCUUCGGUGUGUCAGAUGGCUGAAGAUACAACUUUCCACCUACAGCCCACUGUUGCCUCCAUUUUUUGGCCUUGCCCGCCUGCAGACACCGUGGUGCGGAUGCCUGGGAAAAAAGGAGAGGAAGUCUUUGCAAUGCAACCAAUUUCCAAGAUCGUACUGCAGGACGUUUGUGAGUAUCGUAUCUGUGAUAUGGACAUGGAGCCAUAUCUUGUUAGACAACUCUUACAUGUGGUGUCAUUUUCUUGCUUUUGCCUUUUUAGACCAACCCGACUUUCUGACUUUCUGCCAUUCCCAACAAUCUCUGGGGCUGGGAGUGGUACAGCUUGA